AAGUCAUUAUCCUCUAUGGUGUUGCUCUGAUCAACAGCUGCCUCCUCCUUGCAGGAUCGCUCUGAUGUCUUAUCGUUAGCCCCUAUAGUGUUACACAAACCCCCGUCGGACUGCUGUGCGGUCCUCGUCCAUGGUAUUACUACAAUAACACAUCGACCGUGGUCUGUUAAAGAUAAACUGGUUUAAAAUGUCACGGUGAGGGAAGACGUAAACGUCAGCGCAGAGACGACCAGCUUCCUCCUUCUCUUGUGGUGACUGGGAGUGGCAGGCGGGGCCAUGGCCAUGUGGAUCCAAGCCCAGCAGCUGCAGGGGGAGGCACUGCACCAGAUGCAGGCUCUCUACGGUCAGCACUUCCCCAUCGAGGUGCGCCACUACCUGGCCCAGUGGAUCGAGAGCCAGCUCUGGGACUCUGUGGAGCUCGACAACCCGGCCGAGGAAGCAAAGGCCAAGCACCUGCUGGACAGCUUAAUGGCAGAGCUCCAGCGGAAGGCCCAGCACCAGGUGGGCGAGGACGGCUUCCUGCUGAAGAUCAAGCUGGGCCACUACGCCACCCAGCUCAAGGGCACCUAUGACCGCUGUCCUCUUGAGCUGGUCCGCUGCAUAAAACACAUUCUCCACUCGGAGCAGCGGCUUGUGCAAGAGGCCACCAAUGCCAGCUGUGGGAGUGCGGGGCAGGCGUUGGACAGCCUGUCCCAGCGCCACCAGCAGAUCAAUCAGGCCUUCGAGGAGCUGCGGCUGGCCACCCAGGAGUCUGAGAACGAGCUGCGUAAGCUGCAGCACAGCCAGGAGUACUUCAUCAUCCAGUACCAGGAGAACCACCGCAUCCAGGCCCAGAUCAACAGCCUGGCGACCCUGCCCCUGGCGGAGCGAACCCCGCGGGAGACCACCCUGCAGAGCAAGAGGGCCACCGUGGAGGCCUGGCUCACCAGGGAGGCCAGCACGCUGCAGAAAUACAGGCUGGACUUAUCAGAGCAGCACCAGAAGACGGUGAACCUGCUGAGGAAGCAGCAGACGCUGAUCCUGGACGAGGAGCUCAUCCAGUGGAAGAGGAGGCAACAGCUGGCCGGCAACGGAGGCCCGGCGGAGGGGGGCCUGGACGUCCUCCAGUCCUGGUGUGAGAAGCUGGCCGACAUGAUCUGGCAGAACAGGCAGCAGAUCCGGCGCUGCGAGCACCUGACCCAGCAGCUGCCCCUCCCCGGGCCGAUGGAGGAGCUCCUGAGCAAGCUGAACUCUGAGAUCACCGACAUCAUCUCAGCCCUUGUCACCAGUACGUUCAUCAUAGAGAAGCAGCCGCCCCAGGUGCUGAAGACGCAGACCAAGUUUGCGGCCACGGUGCGUCUGCUGGUGGGGGGGAAGCUGAACGUCCAUAUGAACCCCCCCCAGGUCAAGGCGGUCAUCGUCAGCGAGCAGCAGGCCAAGGCCCUGCUGAAGAACGAGAGCACGCGCAAUGACAGCAGCGGAGAGAUCCUCAACAACAACUGUGUCAUGGAGUACCAUCAGGCCACCGGCACUCUCAGCGCUCACUUCAGGAACAUGUCUCUGAAGAGGAUCAAACGCUCUGACCGCCGGGGGGCGGAGUCGGUCACGGAGGAGAAGUUCACGGUGCUGUUCGAGUCCCAGUUCAGCGUGGGGGGCAACGAGCUGGUGUUCCACGUCAAGACGUUAUCCCUACCCGUGGUGGUCAUCGUCCACGGGAGCCAGGACAACAACGCCACUGCCACCGUCCUGUGGGACAACGCCUUCGCAGAGCCCGGUAGGGUACCGUUCAUGGUGCCGGACAAGGUGCUGUGGCCCCAGCUGUGCGAGGCCCUGGACAUGAAGUACAAGGCGGAGAUGCACAGCGGGCGGGGCCUGGCGGAGGACAACCUGGUGUUCCUGGCGCAGAAGGCCUUCCCCAGCAACAACAACAACUCCAACCCCGAGGACUACAGCAGCGUCACCAUCUCCUGGUCCCAGUUCAACAGAGAGAGUCUGCCAGGACGUAACUUCACCUUCUGGCAGUGGUUUGACGGAGUGGUGGAGCUCAUGAAGAAACAUCUCAAGCCCCACUGGAAUGAUGGGGCCAUCAUGGGCUUCGUGAACAAGCAGCAGGCGCAGGACAUGCUGCUGUCCAAACCCAACGGCACCUUCCUGCUGCGCUUCAGCGACUCUGAGAUCGGAGGCAUCACCAUCGCCUGGGUGGCCGAGAACCCCAACAAGACAGGGGAGCGGCUUGUCUGGAACCUGCUGCCCUACACCACCAAGGACUUCUCAAUCCGCUCGCUGGCCGACCGCAUCAGCGACCUGAACCACCUGCUCUUCCUGUACCCCGACCGGCCCAAGGACGAAGUGUUCGCCAAGUACUACACCCCGCCCCUCUCCAAAGCGGUGGAUGGAUACGUCAAGCCACAGAUCAAACAGGUGGUGCCAGAAUUUACUACACCCAACCCUGAGCCUGUCUACAUGGAGCAGGCCGCCUCCCCCACCAUCAGCAACACCACCACCUUCAACAUCUUCCCCCCCAUGAGUGACCCAAUGCUGGACGCUGACGGGGACUUUGACCUGGACGACACCAUGGAUGUGGCACGCCACGUGGAGGAGCUCUUACGGCGUCCCAUGGUCAACCAGUGGAGCAGUCCGCAGUCCUGAACCCAAGCUAUCCAAUCAGCAGUCAGCAGUCCUGAACCUCCAAGCUAACCAACCGUCAGUAUACAGUCCUGAACCCUUGCUAACCUCAAGCUAUAACAGUGCUUAACCCAAGCUAACCAAACAACAGAAACAGUCAGCAGUCCUGAAGCCUCAACCCUAACUCACCAACCAGCAGUCCUGAAGCCUAGCUAACCAACCAGCAGCCAUCAGUCCUGAACCCUAGCUAACCAACCAGCAGCCAUCAGUACUGAACCCUAGCUAACCAACCAGCAGUCCUGAAGCCUCAACCCUAACUCACCAACCAGCAGUCCUGAGCCCUAGCUAACCAACCAGCAGCCAUCAGUCCUGAACCCUAGCUAACCAACCAGCAGUCCUGAAGCCUCAACCCUAACUCACCAACCAGCAGGCCUGAGCCCUAGCUAACCAACCAGCAGCCAUCAGUACUGAACCCUAGCUAACCAACCAGCAGUCCUGAAGCCUCAACCCUAACUCACCAACCAGCAGGCCUGAGCCCUAGCUAACCAACCAGCAGCCAUCAGUCCUGAAGCCUGGCUAACCAACCAGCAGCCAUCAGUCCUGAACCCUAGCUAACCAACCAGCAGUCAUCAGUCCUGAAGCCUGGCUAACCAACCAGCAGCCAUCAGUCCUGAAGCCUAGCUAACCAACCAGCAGUCAGCAGUCCUGAAGCCUAACUAACCAACCAGCAGUCAGCAGUCCUGAACCCUAGCUAACCAAUCAGCACUCAGCAUUCCUGAAGCCUGGCUAACCAACCAGGAGUCCACAGUCCUCAACCCUAACUAACCAACCAGCAGUCCUGGGGCCUCAUUACAGAAACUUCCUAACUCCGAAUCCUAUCCUAUCUUGAGAUAGGAAGGCAUUUAGGGAUUUUGAUAUUACAGAAGGAGGUUUCCUAACUUAACUUUAUGAAGAAAUCCUAUCUUAUCUUAAGAUAGGAAUUUAGCCAUUACAGAACUAUCCUAAGUUAGGAAUUUCUUAAGUUAGGAUUCCUAAGUUAGGUGGCCAUACACCCUUUCCUAAAUUCAAAAUAACUGUCAAAAACAGAAGAAAAUGGUAGCAGCACUGCUAGUUGGUCUGUAUGACAAUGAAGACGAGGAACAUCACAACAGAAAUGUGAUGGCUAAAAGGCUACCGAGACCGCGUAAUGAUUUGUUAGAUUGGUAUUUAAAUUUCAUUUUAUCGCCUGCAAAGACAUUUCAUUUUUAAUUUGGUGGAAGAAUUACUUUACUACUUUAUUACUACCUCUUCUUGUUCUCUGUAACAAUACCCGCCAUGACCGUAGUACUAGUGCUACUAGCUUGCCGUCAUUAACAAAGAUCCUCAACAGUCUCUGUUAACGUUAAAAGUAACUCAUUUUAUCAAUCUCAUGCACACUCUGAGUGCAGAAACAGACAUAACCUGACGAUUGGCGAUCGAAAAAUCUGAUUGAAAGGUUACCUAAAUUAAGAUAAGAUAGGAUGCCAAAAAUAAGAUAGAAAAUGGCCAACAGGUUAGGGACUGCUUCUGUAAUAGGAAAUUAGAAAGGAAAUUCCUAUCUUUGAGUCCUUAAUUUAAAUUAGGAUGAGAAGUUAGGAUUUUUUCGGUAAUGAGGCCCCAGAACCCUAACUCACCAGACAGCAGUCCUGAACCUCAGCUAACCAACCAGUAGUCAGCAUUCCUGAACCCUAACUAACCAACCAGGAGUUGACAGUCCCUCAGACGGUGGCCCAACCAAAAUAAUCUCUAGCAUGGUGGUAGCAUGGCUCAGUAUUGGGUCCCAUGACGUCCAUCACAUGCUAUUUCAUCUAAGAGGAAUGUGAACGUCAGCUACACUCUCACUGUUUACAAUACGCAUGGGUUUGGAGGGUUGCCGAAAGCUGCAGCUAGGUGACAAAAUGUUGUGUCUGUUGUUUCUUGUAAAGUUCUGCCAUAGCAUUCUUUGGCCAAAAUGGACAGUGUUCGCCUCUUUUAAGUCUUAGUUUUUUGUUGUACAUUAUAAAGCCGAUUCUAUUAAUUGGGAUAGUUUCUUAUUUUCAUUGUUUAUUCUCCUUUAGAGUACCUAAGCCCCCCUAUAUGUUUAAAAAUAAAUCUAAAAUGGUGUGUUCGUACCGACAAAACUUUGAAUUUGUCUAUUAUUACAUAGUGUGUUCUGUCACAAUAGUUCAAGCAGGGACUAGAAGAACAUGGAAGAACAGAUCAUUCAGUGCAGACAUCAGAGUGACAAAAAUGUCGUAUUAUAGACCACCAGCCGAUGCGAAUACGGCAAUAUCAUAUUAUUUUCAUACAAAAAGUGUAUUACUCUUGGAAAAGGUUGAAUAACUUCAGCAGUGAUGUUUGCAUUUUCUUUUUUAAUCAUGUGCGUCAAAGUAUACCCACUCAGAAUAUCUUAAAUUAGCGUUACCCUAUGUUUUGUGUUAAAAUAUCUGUAAUUUAUACUCUUAUACCUGGUUAAAUAUGAAAUAGUUGGUAUCUUCCUGGUUAUAAGUGGCAGGAGGUAGGGGUGAGAUAAAACCGGUCAGUGCAAACAUCAACGUGGCGUCCAGGCAGGACAAAAUAAACCAUUUUAAUUCAAUUUUUUACUUUUAAGAAUGAGUAUCAUGGUUAUGAUUUAUUUGUUGCAUGCUGUUUGCGUGUUCUAUGUUAUCAACUAUUAUGCAUCUAUUAUGAAUAAAAGUCCAACUCAUGUUUCAUAUCUGAAACCCGUCUGCAGCUCAUGACGAACCCAUCUUAAAACACAGGCACGCAUAUUUACUCUGUUUUGUCCCAUUUCGGAAGUUCAAUCGAAUAAUGUGUAUUCAAUCCAACCGUCCCCAACAUGGCAACAAAAGGUUGGUUCUAGGUCCAUUUCGGUUGUCAUGUUAAACAUAACAUGUAGGAUGCUUGGGGGCUACCUUGAAAGGCCUUACUGAUAAUCAACUCUGCAGCAGAGGAUUGUCCUGUGGUUGUUCUAUCCGUCUAGGAGAUCCUAAGCUGUGUUUGUGUUACCAAUGACAGAGAAAUAUCAGGAGCAAUCUUCAGGAACAGAUAACCAAGUCUCAGUCAAUAAAGUAAUUAUUUUUUUAUGAGCGACUUACACAUUUUUAAAGAGUCAAUGAUUUUGUUUGGUGUUUUGUGUCUUUUUGUGUUUUUUGCUUUGCCCGAUUUUAGAUUUUUGAAUGAACAUAAUUGUGUUAUGUACAAAUGCAAGUAAGACAACCAGCACUUUCAUGCUAUGCUUAAUAUUAACUAUGUACUGUCCUGUUCAAAGUCAUUGUUUCCUUACCAAUGGUGUUGAUUUGUCCUUUGUAAUUCUGCUAAUUGCUUUGUGCUUUUGCUGUUCUUUUGUAUAAAGUGUGCAAUUGGGAAACUCAUUCAUUUUUUCAAAUAGAAUGUGGAUUUUUGUUUUACGAUGGGAUUUCGCAUAGGAGCUAAUAAAUGGUAAUGAAGUCGGGAAUAAAAGUUUUAUAUGCAAGCAGACUCUUUGGAAGUAUCUUGUUUUCCCAUUAUUGGGAGGGAAGGCAUGUUUCCAACAUGGACAUAUGAUAAAAUAAAAAUCAUUGAAUGAAUAAAUGCAUUGAUGUGCUUCUAUUGGUUUCAGUUGGUUUUACACAACCUCUAACCCAAUGAGCUAAAUCUAUUGGAGCUCUGGGUAUUCUUAAAAUUCUAAAUGUAAUAUACCACAAGUCCUGACCCCAGUUAUCCUGUUUUCAUACAUUUUAAUAGUUUAGUUUAAUUUGAUUUAUUUGUCACAUACACAAUUGUACAGGACAAUGCGUAGUGAAAUUCUUAUGUACCAGUCCGGCUGUAAUUCAACUAUAUAAAGUGCAAUAUUAUAAUGAUG